AUGAACAAUUCAGACGGGGAUGUGGACAUGCCUCUUGGCGAGCUAAGAAUGACUGGAUCAUCCACAGUUAGCGAGGAAGAUAAUAUACGCAUUGGUAGCAGCAAUGUUACAAAUAUUCUUUAUGAUGACGACUUUUAUAUUUUACAAUAG